GGAGAAAAAGAAUUUGUUCUAUAUAAAAAGGAAGGAUAUACCUACUAAUGAUUUUGCAAUCACAAGCUGCUACACUUUUGACACAAAACACACUAGCUACCAUAGAAAAGUUAGAAAAACCAAUUGAAUUAUUAAUCCUUUCCAUCCCAUUAUAUUAUAAACAACCACAUUCACCUUUCUUUCAGCAACAACCCUAGCAGCUAGCUUUAGCUUUUCCCAUGCAUGCACACUGACCAGCAGCAGCUACUUUCUUUGAAUCACCAAACCAUGGACGAUCGAGCUGCUACACUGCAUCUUCUACCUCUCCUUUUUGCUUUCCAAUUCACUUUAAACGGUUUCUUUUGGGGAGGUUUUCUUAAACAGUCCUCUGCUACGAGGCAAAUUCACUUUUCAUACUCAACCCUUCGUGCAAUGCAUUUGGCCAACCAUUUGUUUACGAUCCUAACGAUCAUUAGGGUUAAUUAGAAUGUUUUAGCGCCAUGAUGAUAGAUUGAGAACUGUUGUGUGAUCCAACAACAAUCGUUACAACAUUGGAUGUAGCUAGAUAACGUGUUUAUCAUUCGUGAAAUUUCUCUACCAUUAAAAUUGCAACUAUUACAUGACAAUUAUCUAAUAAUGUUCUGAUUCCUCUUCUUCCUUAUCUUUUGCUAUUCCCCUAUUUUGGCAAAAACUAAGUCAUAUUUUUUUAGCUGCUAAUUAGCAAGUAGUAUCAUCAUAUUAAUUAAUGCAAAACUGUGUUGGCAUGCCUAUUGUCACAAUCAAGACCCAGUUCAAUUUCCCCUAGGGGUCGUUUGGAUGAGGAAUUUUAAUAACGAGAGAUUUAGACUCAAAUCUCUCAUUUAAAAUACUAGGAAAUUUAAAUGUGGGAUUUGUUCAAAAUAACUUGUUUGGAUUGAGAUUCAGAAUUUUAACUUGGAACCCAAAUUUACAUUAUUAACCCUUAAAUUAAAACCUGCAAAUUCCAAUUCCAUUCCCAAUUUGCGGCUCCUCCUGCUCCACCCAUUAUCAAUAACAUCACAAAAGAGCCUUCCUGAAUUCUCAAUAGUCGGCGGCAAGCAGAACCUGAAUUGGAGGGAAAUCGACGCUAGGUAGCAAACCUAGAAUCGCCAUCGCCACUAGAUUGUAAACCCAGAUCUCCGGUGAGGCAACGAACGGAAACGAAAGGGAUUUGGAGUGGGAGAGGAGGGCGAUGCGACCUUCAAUCUACCUUGCCGCAAACCCAUAUCUCCGACGACCCAGCGGGCUAUAACGAAAGGGAUUUGGACUGGGAUAGGAGGGCGACGCCACCGCUAAUCGGCCAUGCUGCAAUCCUCGUCAGCCCUCGAGUCAUCGACCGAACCAAUCCUCAUGGAUGUUCUCGUCAGAGGAGUUGUGUCGCAGAGGCGGGAGGAGGAUAGCUGUCGGCGUAAAAAAAAGGAAGAAGGAAAGAAACGACGAAACAGGGGAGGCCUAAGGGCACAACUUGGAAAAGAUGAGGAAAAAAUGAGGGAUUGUGAAAUAGCUGGUCCUUAUUAGCUAUUUUAAAAACCUGCAUCUGAGAGAUUUGAAAAUCUCUUAUGCUUACAAUCUCUUAUCCUCCCAAACACAUGAUUGUAUUAAAAUCCUGCAUAAUGAGUGAUUGUUUUAAAAUUCCUCACAAAUCACUCACUACAAACCUUCAUCCAAACGGCCCCCUAGUCUUUUUUCCCCUCCCCUUUAUUUUGGUGGGUUUCAAUUUCGAGUCGUUGUUCCAAUCACUUCACAAGAAGACUAGUGAAGAUUGAAGAAUAGCCAGCCAGCAAAAGAGAGUCAGCCAGGAAGCUAUCUCCAAAACCCCACUCCACAUUACAUCACAAUAGAAUUUGUGGGCAUGCAUUGUGUAUAACCAGAGUGGUCUAAUGAAUCGUAGAUGUCUUGUUCUCAAAUUGAGAUGUGAUAUAAAUUUUUUAAAUAUAAUAAAAUAAAAACAGUCAUAGCAUCGUUAUUUAAAAAAAAAUUCGAAAUAAAGUUAUCAACCAGCUCUUUAAUUUGGUAUUUUGCGAGAAAUCAUUUUCAAUCAUCAUAAGAAUUUAUUGUGUAAUUUAUAGUGCAAAUAGGGCUUUCAGAACACAAUAUAGGAGACUUUGACAAGGAAUAUGCAUGUCUCGUUUAUAUACACAUGAGAAUAUCGGUCGACUAGCACAAGUAUCUAUUAACAUAUUUAAUCGCAUCAUCAUUAUACAAUAUUGAAUUGGAUAAACUAACAAAAUUACAGUGUAGGCAUGUUAUUAUACGGAAAACCCUGUACCGAACGAUCUCCCAACACACCCUAUUGGCCGGACUUGUGUAUAACUAUUUGUUGGGUCCAUCUCCAUUCGAAAAAGAAAAAAACAAUGCUUCAUAUUCCUUUUCAUGGGUCCAAUGUGUCUCCCAACUUUUGCAUGCUAGAAAGGGGAAAAAGAGGUGAUGGAGAAACAACAGUGUUGAUGUUAACCGCAUUGAUGUGUUUUCUUAUCUGAUUAUUCAUGUUUCUGAUUUUCCCUUUGGUACUUUCUUUCACGUUCUGUGAUUUGAUGGACAUUUUUGAACAAGGCCACACAAUUCAAUUGUCUACCAUAUUCCCACUAUAGUGACACCAAUACAUCAAUAAUGUGCGUCCAAAGAGUCUUGUCACCCUUGCGGGGUUCUAUAUUGGCUAGUGGGUGCGGUGGAGCUUCAGUUCUGUUUUACCCGUUCGAUGAAAUGCCUCACUGAGAAAUCACAUCUCUGUUUUCCUCCCUCUGGCGUUGCUGGGUUUGCUGUAUUAAGGCACUCAGGGAGUAAAACUUGUAGCUUCAACAGCUACAGGGGAGCAUUUCUGUCAAUCUGAAAGAAAGGAGAAGAAGAAGAAGAAAACAAUUCCUUCCUAGCUAGUUUCAGUGUACAAGGAAAACUGUACAAAAGCCCUACUUCAAGUUCACUCGUGGAGUUGAGUGAAAAGGGGACAGCCAGGUUUAAAAAAUAAUAAAGGGCCAUCAUCAUGUUACUGUGGGGUUGAAAAAAAAGAUGAUGAGGGUAAAUGGUAGUAACUUCACCAUGAUUGUUCCUUUUUUGUUAUUUCAAAGGCUUCAUUGAUUGAGCUUUUUGAAGUUUUCUUUUUUCCCCCAUGUUUUCAUCUGACCUAGCAGAGGAAAGAGAGAGAGAGAGAGAGGGCCUUGGCUGCUUAUUCUGUCAUUGAAAAAUGUUGUUGUAGGACACAGAACUACACACACGUACGUGGGAGUGGCAAAGUAGGGUUUUGAUUCGGAUGAGAUAAUCCUCCUCAGGAUGAUCAUUCGAGAGGCCGGAGGCUGCUACUGCUGCAACUUGUCAUGAGAGAACAGCAAUCCUUUUCACAGGAGCUGUGCAUUGAUUGAAGACAAUGUAAUGUAAGGAACACGGGCCGGCUAGCUACAAGGAAGGAAGAAAGAAGGAAAAUAUCA